AUGGAUACGCCUCAGAAGAGUAUUACCCAGAUCGGAACUCCAAUUUCCAAAUCCAAAUUCGAGGAUUCUCCACUGUUCAAUUACAUAAACAGUUUGUCUCCAAUAAGACCUGUCAAAUCCAUCCCAAUUCCUCACCAUUUCAGCUCUCUGAAUUUCACUUCCCCUCCCUCUGUUUUCACCUCACCACACCUAACUUCUUCUCACAAAGAAUCUCGAUUCUUCAAAACUCACAACUCUUCUUCAGAUCCUACCAAUCCCGUGGAAGAAUCUACUUCUAAUGAAGAAGUUGCAGCAGCAGAAGCAGGAGAUGCUUCCAUUGGAGAAGAAGCUUCAAUUGAAAUGGAGCUGCCACAAAUCAUCAAGUACGACCGUGAUGAUCCCGUUGCUGCUUCACCGUGUGGCAGAGAGACAGUCGAUCUUUCGCUUGUUCCUUACUCUCCUCCUCGAGGAGAGAAUGGUUCAUCUGAGGAUGCUUCAGGAAUGGAGCUGCAGAAGAUGUAUGAUGAAAAUGUUCAAGGGAAAAACGAAACUCCGGAUUGGGAAAGUUUGAUUUCAGAUGCUUCUGAACUGUUAAUCUUUGGCUCACCAAACGAUUCAGAGGCUUUUAGAUGCCUUAUGAUGCAGAGAGCUUCAACCUCUGGUGUGGAGAUACCAAAGAUGCAGCCCGGCUCAAAAAAUGAACCGGAGUCCUCAGAUGCGAUUCCUUGUGAGGCUGUUUCAUUCUUGCACCGAGGUAUAAGAAGACGCUGCUUGGACUUUGAGAUGCCUGGGAAUAAGCAAACGUCGAGUGAGAGUAACACCUCGGCUUGUGGAUCCUCGUCGAGAUGUGUUUUACCGAGUAUUGGUCUUCAUCUAAAUGCCAUUUUAAUGUCCUCAAAAGACUCGUGUUCCGGUAAUAUACAAGUGGGUUUACAAGGCUCCAGCUCUACACUGCAAGAAUCUUUGGUGAUCCAAACAGAAAACGAAACCCCGGAAGAUGCAGAUCAAGAUGUUCCCGUUGAACCAGCCAUGGAAGAGUUGCAUUUGAGCAGCCCUAAGAAGAAGAGGCUUAAGUUGGAAGCUGGGGAAGGCGAGUCAUGUAAGAGAUGCAACUGCAAAAAGUCCAAGUGUCUGAAACUUUACUGUGAAUGCUUUGCUGCUGGUGUCUAUUGCAUAGAGCCAUGUUCAUGUAUAGAUUGCUUCAACAAGCCCAUUCAUGAAGAUACUGUCUUGGCUACUCGCAAACAGAUUGAAUCUCGGAACCCACUUGCAUUUGCUCCUAAAGUCAUUAGGAGCUCUGAUUCGGUUAUAGAAACCGGGGAUGAUGCAAGCAAAACUCCAGCUUCUGCACGCCAUAAACGUGGCUGCAACUGCAAGAAAUCAAACUGUCUGAAGAAAUACUGCGAAUGCUUUCAGGGUGGUGUGGGAUGUUCCAUAAACUGUAGAUGUGAAGGGUGUAAGAACGCAUUCGGCCGCAAAGAUGGGUCUUCCACUGUUGACAUGGAAGCCGAACAGGAGGAGGAAAAUGAAACAUCUGAGAAAAGCAAAACAGCCAAAACUCAACAGAACACUGAGGUUUUAAUGAGAAAGGAAGAGAGUUCUGUUCUACCUACGACACCAAUGUCGAUGUACAGACAACAACUGGUUCAACUACCUUUCUCAUCAUCCAAGAACAUGAUGCCUCCUCCACAGUCUCUUCUUGGAGGUGGAUCUUCUUCCUCAGGGAUAUUUAACAGUCAAUACUUAAGAAAACAGGACAUUAGUUUGAUUCAGUCCAGGACUAAGAAGUCAUUCGAGACAGUCACAGAAGAUGGAGUUGCAGAAAUGCCUGAGAUUCUCAGCCACUCCUCUAUAGAUAAAAUCAAAGCUGUCUCUCCCAAUGGUAAGAGGGUCUCUCCUCCACAUCUGGACUCAUCGAGCCCAGGGUCAAUCUUAGGGAGAAGAAGUGGCGGGCGGAAACUGAUACUGAACUCGAUUCCAUCGUUUCCUUCUCUCACUCCUCAACACUGAAAAGCAUUUGAUGUGGUGUA